AUGGCUCCAAGAAAAAAACCAAAUAAUGUUGAAAACACCAACGCUGCAACCACUCCUAAAGCUCAGAAGCAGAUAAAGAAAAUUAACAGAAAGAAUCCUGCUGUUGGCACAGUAAAAAAACCGCCUCAAAAACCCGUAGAACGACAAGUAAGGAAGAGAACAACAAAGAAAUCAAUAAACUUUGAACGAAAUAUAGAAUUGGCUAAUGAAGUUGCAAAAUUACAGUUGACUAAGAAAAAUUCAAUAGUAGUUUCGUUUAAAAAUGACAUCAAAAUAGAACCAGUCAAUAAGCCUGCCCCGCGCCAGGUCAAUACUAACAGAAAAUCAAAAAGGGGCAUGCCAAGCUUAGAGCCUGAAGCUGAAUCAAAUGAUAAAAAACCGGCUGUCAACGGAAUAGCACCGAAAACAGUUAAAACGACUGAUGGGGUUACUGAAAAAAAACCUGCACCAAAGAAACGCCCGGCGGAACCAAAACGGCCAACCCCGAAACGUAAUAUAGUCAAGAAGACGGCAGACAGACCGAAAAUAGCACGUAACAAUAACAUAACGCGCUACCUAAAGUUGACGAUAACGAAGAAAAACAACGUAGGUAAGGAAGACGUUAUAUCUAAAGUCGUUAGCGAUCAUGCAGAGGCGGGCGGUGAAGCGGUCCAGUCCGCUGUCGAACCUCAAGCGCCAAGCGUCGUCGAAACCAGAAAGGUAUCAGUGGCCAGCUCAUCCAACCUGUCCUGGACCAAGGACGUGUCCAGCUCCAACACGACGAUAUCGGCCCGGAUCGACGACAUCGUGCGUAUAGAUAACAAGAUGCCGAUCGUGAGGCUAACGAAAUUAGGUGACGGCAUCAAACAAGAGAAGUGCGAUAGUGACGCGACUUCAUCUAUUAGUUCGUCAACGGACGAAAGUAAAAUUGAUGUAGCUAAUGAUCUGAAUUUGAGUAUAACCUCAGAGUCCACUAUUGCGGAGGAGGCAGCUGAUAAAAAUGACAAUGAAGCUAAAAAGACGGAAGUUAGAGAUGAACUCCGUAAAGCCUUCGAUAAAUUGUCGUCUAGCUUAAAGAAAUUCGACAUAGAAAUAAUGAAAUGGAUUGGACAUACGAGUGACGAUACGAAAGUCAGUUUUCAGAAUAAAAUAUUGAAGGUAUUGAAGGAAGAAAGCGACGUUCUUAAUAAUUGCCGGUGCAUUAAAAAUCAUUUGAGAGGUGUCACGAAUGAUACAGAGGAAACUUUGGAUAGACAAGGUGACGGCUCAAAGCACAAUGACGAAGUCGAUUUCGUGAGGCCCGCAGAAGUUUCUAGAAAAGUACCUGACGAUCUAGAAAGUACUAGGAGGAAUCUGUCGAACAAAAGUGGAAAUUGUAUGUUGAAUCAAAACUCGGCACUGAGUCCACCGCUCGUCUCUAAACCGAUGCAGAGUUCAAAUGAGGACAACGUGAGGCUGUCUGUAGGGGGUUAUAACUAUGAAGACGACGAUGCAAUAUCACUGUUCGCCGAAAGCAUCAGUGGUAUGGAACUAUCCCAAUUCAAUAGCUCCAUAGCGGUCAACGGUACAGUGGACAACGAGGAAGAAUACAUUCCUCGUCCUAUCUCCGAGAAUGAGUCACCUGAUAAGUUCACGUACUUCCCCACCAAGAUAACGAAUGGUCAAGCUGAGACCUCAAAAAAGACGAUCUGCGAAAGGCAUAACGCAGAUUCUACAUCGGUCGGCAAGGAUUUCUAUGACGCUCUAGCGGAGACUGCGAUGGCCAGCUUCGAAGACGACUACCAGGAGUCUGCCAAAGACAUGGAACCUUUCAGAGGACCGGCGAAAUUCGUGAAAAAUCGAGAUACUCUUUCUCUCAUGGCCUCAAAGAAUAAGCCGAUGCACGCUAGGAACAGCGUCUUGUUCAAAAACGUUUGCUUCUACAAUACACUUGGCCACUGUAAGAACUUGAUGUGCCGCUUCCCCCACGUAAUCCCUGACGUUCUUGACGUCAAACGCCUACUGGCAACGUUGCACGAGAGCAUCUUCAUCAGAGAAUACAUGAUUCUCCGGGAUUACUCGAAUCUGCGCCGCAAAUACGGGUUUUGUUUCGUGGAGGAGUGUCGGAAACGGCAAUUGACCAGGACCCUCGUCGAGAUGGCGAUCGACUUUAUCACGAAAGCGACGCACGGCAACAAAGACGAUUCCGAUCUCAAACUAUCGGUGCUCGAAUAUGUUCUCAUGUACUUGAAUCACGUAGACCUUGAAGGUUACGGGGAUCUUCUCAAGUGCAAGGUCGCGCCGUCAGUCCAACUCUGCGACGUGCUAAUGCUCACCAUCGCGACCACGCAGAACUUCUCCAGGUUCAAACCGGUUUUCCUGAAUUUAACUAGUUUCAUGGUCGCCAACGAUAUGGGUUUUGGGGAGGAGGUUGCGAAUCACGUGCUCGAGAGGGUUUGUAUCCUGCCCAACGAGGAUCCGUUGAGUCGGGCGGUGCUGGACAUCCUCAAACGCACGGACGCCUCAAUCUUCCAGAGCAACAUGGCGGCCCAGUUCGAGAAGCAGCUAGGGGCGUUCAAUAAGAAUUUGCUAGAAGAGUACUUAUCUGCUAGAACGCGGGCUGGUUCGAGGCAGGUCGCGCAGUUUGACCGCGGGAUGGAAUCUCUAACCGUGAUGUGUCCCAGGUCAGAUACAUCGCCCGACACGACCAACGUCGAGACAAAGCUAAACAGCCUAGAGCCAGCCGCCACAGCUCCUACGGAUUCGAAUUAUCCAAGAUUCAAUCAAUAUUCUUCUAGUCGAAACUCUAGCGUGGGAGAGUGGCCGAAACACUUCCAGAAGUGGGGGCGUCCCUCUCCCAGAGCACCACCGCCGCUGAUGUCUUUGUUCAAUGCCCCAGUACGACCACCGGUACGGCCCCCCCGGCGGCAGGUCAUGUACCGCCCCCCGACUAGACCCCACCAUCCUAGUUACCAACGACGAUGCGCGAGAGAUUUCUGAUAUUUUCCGUUUAGGUAUUUUUUAGCACUCACCAAUAUAUUUUUUGUCUUGUUUAAAAACUAAUUCCGUCUAAAUAGUCUAGAACAAUAAAUAAGUGCAAGUCUUGAAGGAUUUUUUGUCUUGACGUUAACUUUCGACUUUAAUGAGAAUACAAAGUUUUUUUUUAUAUUCAUUGUCUAUGGAGUCUCUGAUUAUGUUUAAAAUACAUUGUUUCUCGCGGCGUCAUUAGUUUUCGAUACGUCUCAAAUUGAUUGUACACAAUCACGCGUUAUUUGUUAAGAUUGUUUACGUUUUUAAAGUGUCAAUUUUUAACCUACUUCAAAAACGGCAGGAGGUUGGUAAGGAGGAAAUCAGAUAGUUGUAUGACGUCACCGAUGUCAAUCCAUACCACCAAAUAAUUUUAUUUCGACUUAAGUCGCUUUUGUAAAUUGCGCCAAAAUGUAAAUUAUGAAAUGACUGUUACAUAAGAUUUGUUCCGAAUUACCAUAAUUUUUAAAUGAAAAAUUUUGCAUGAGAUUUCGUGAUCACGAUUUUCGUAUCCUGAAGUGAUCCUGACGAACAAAAAAAAACUUUCAAAAUAGACGCCUUCGCAUCGAUAUUACUUUAAUAUUGGACAAUUCGUUGAUAAUUAAUAAUUUGAGUAUGUAUCAAUAUUUUCUCAGUUUAAAAUUUACGUUUGCAAUGCAUAGCGUGUUUUUUCCAUUUUUAAAGUGUCUAUUUAGGAAUUCGUUUGGUAUUGACAUUGAUAAUGUCAUUCACGAUGGCGACGUCGCUGCGACUUAAAGACGCGUUUUAUUUCUGGACCACGUUUAAGAGUCUCGAAGUUUUUUUCAGUCGGAAUAGUAACCAAAGUCUAAUAUGUUUUUGUCGUUAUAGUUUGUAAUCUGUAAAUAUGUUUACAAAUGUACAACUCGCGGCGAUGUAGUGUAAGUUUUCGUCGAAAUCUAGUUGACGAUGUGAGAUGAUGUCGAGAUCACCUUGGCUUCGUAGGACUGUAUCUUUCGUCUUAACUUUUACGCUAUCGAGAACGUUAAAAAACUCGCACUAAGAACACAGAGGGGCGAGCACGAAUGAAUAUCGAAAAAGUAUUCGUAUCACUAUCGAGAAAUCACGA